AUGGCCCUCUGCAAGGUUAUGGCCCUCUGCAAGGUUAUGGCCCUCUGCAAGGUUAUGGCCCUCUGCGAGAACGGCCCUCUGCAAGGUUAUGGUCCACUGCGAGGUUAUGGUCCUCUGCGAGGUUAUGGUCCUCUGCAAGGUUAUGGUCCUCUGCAAGGUUAUGGCCCUCUGCAAGGUUAUGGUCCUCUGCAAGGUUACAGCCCUCUGCAAGGUUAUGGUCCUCUGCGAGGUUGA